AUGGUUAAUUCGGAUCGAGAAAAACCUAUUCAUCCAGGAAGGGGUUUGAGGCAAGGAGGUGUGUUUUCGCUAUACCUCUUUAUCCUAGUAGCAGAAGGUCUUUCAUCUCUUAUAAAGAGAGCAGUUGACAGAGGAGACAUUCAUGGUAUCCAAAUAUGCAGGGCACCUAUGGUGUCCCACUUACUUUUUGCUGAUAAUUGUUUUCUUUUUUGCAUGGAAAAUCUUUCCGAAGUUAGACACCUUAUGAAUAUUCUAGAGGUGUACGCAGAAGCAUCUGGACAAGAAAUUAACACGAAUGAGUCAGAGGUAUUAUUCACCCGAAAUAUUAGCAAUCAAGCUCGGGAGGACAUUUCGCGUAUCAUGGGUGUGAGGCUCGUGUUGGGAACAUGUACUUAUUUGGGGCUACCGUCUAUGUUGGGAAGAAGUAAGAAGGCUACUUUUGCAUUCAUCAAAGAUCGUAUUUGGAAGCGUAUUAACUCAUGGAGAGGAUGGCCAAUGUCGAAGGCAUGUAAAGAAGUUAUGAUCAAAUCAGUUCUUCAAGAUAUACCAGCUUAUGUUAUGAGUGUUUUUAUCCUUCUGGAUACCUUGGUGGAUGAUAUAAAGAGUAUGUUGAAUGCACUCUGGUGGGAAGGAGGGAGUAAGAACAAAUGGAUUAGAUGGUUAACUUGGGAGAGUCUUACUUAUCCUAAGAAUGAGGGUGGAUUGGAUUUUCGUGAUUUUAAAGCUUUUAACAUGGCUAUGGUGGUGAAACAAGGUUGGAACAUUAUGACUAAUCAGGACACCUAA